AUGGGCUCCGAUAAUCGGCCCAGCCAGCUGGACACCCUGGAUGUCCCCCCUCUCACCCCAACCAGUAAGGAGGUCCUGAGCCAGGCAGUGAAGGCCAGUUUCGCUGGCUUCACCCAGGAGAGAAUCAACCGUCACUUCCCACAGGAGCAGGAGGUGAACCACUGGCUGGACUGGUGCCAGGCUGAGUUUGGGCUCCACUGCCUGGGCUCAGACCUGAGAGGCAUGCGGGGUAGUGAGCUGUGUGGUCUGGACCGAGAUGCUUUCCUGAGCCUGAUGUCCGACUGCAUUGCAGGGGAGAUUCUAUGGGAACAUCUGGAGACCAUGAGGAGAGACUAUGUUCAGGAGCCUUCAGCCAAACACAGUUACCAUCUUCAGUAUCAUCCCACUGAAAGGACAGACCUCCACACUCUGGACCCUGUGACCGUACAAGAUUAUUAUCUGAUCAAAACAGAGGAUCCCAGCAGGACUAUGGCCUCUCCUGCCCUGCAUCAGGAAACAGGAAUUAAUGGAGACUCUGAGGUAGAGAUUACGCACAGUGAUGAUUCUGACAUCGUGGGCUCUCUAUCGUGGGCUCCUCCACUCCAGGAUACAGACCCAGUCAUGGAAGAGACCAUGUCUGAAGAUGUCUUUACUUUACCACAGCCACAUAGGAGCUUCAAGGAAUAUGUAGGCAACAAAACAGAUCUGGGCAGAGCUGUGAUACCGGCAGCCAUCCUCGCUGGUUACACUGGAAGUGGUCCCAUUCAACUGUGGCAGUUUCUCCUGGAGCUUCUGACAGACCGCAGCUGUCAGUCAUGUAUAAGCUGGACAGGAGAUGGGUGGGAGUUCAAGCUGACAGACCCUGAUGAGGUGGCUUUGCUGUGGGGUCGGAGGAAGAACAAACCCAAGAUGAAUUAUGAGAAGCUGAGUCGAGGUCUGCGCUACUACUAUGACAAAAACAUUAUACGCAAGACGGCCGGCAAACGCUACGUCUACCGCUUUGUCUGUAACCUGCAAGGCCUGCUGGGAUAUGAACCUGGGGAGUUGCACGCUAUGUUGGACAUCAGUAGCAAGAGUCACCAAUGACUCCAUAAACACUGGG